AUGGACGCUGACGCUGAAAAUCCGCUCGUUAAAGCCUUGCCCCCGGCGACUGACUAUCUAACCUACCUGACACUCCUUGAAUAUCAACUUACACCCGAACGUCUGCCGCUGUUGCACCGCCUCCUCCAAGAUGAGAAGCUUACCACCAACAUUGGUUGGGACCUUAUAAAUCUGCUUCUCCCUAUGUUGCCAGAAUCCACAGACUGCCUUCACGAUGUGGCAAGAUUUGGGAAUCCCCGCGAGGUGAUUCUGCGGGUAUCAGAGGCCUUGAUGCAGCUGCAGCCAGACGACGAGGAUGAUGAGGAAUUUUCAGCUGAUGAAUCAGAAGAGAAGCACCUUCCGAAACAUACUCGCCAAUUCAAUUGUAUGCUAGCAAUGUUGUCGGAACUUCAUACACGCAUUAAAACGAAAUCUCCCAGUCGUUUUAUCGCGACCUCGCUUCAAGCGGCCCUAGAGGCGUACACGUCCAUGCCUAGCGAUGAGACGACACUAGCCUUCCUUGAGUUCCUGCGAGACCUUUCACCAAACAAGCGACCAGCACCGCCCCCACGAUCGGACAGUCAGUCAACUGUUCUACGGGUCAACUCACUCACAUCUGCCCCAGAUCCGGAAGCGGAGGGGGCCCCGGCUGUAGCCAACGAGGCCAUUCUGGUUGAAAAGUUUAUCCAGUUCGGUCUAAUUGAGAUGCUUAAAGUUUAUUUGUUGAGUCACUCGAGUCCAAUGGAUCCAGGAAUGUCUUGGACGGUUCGGAUGCAGGAGCACUUCCACCCGGCGUUGAAGUUGCCUGAUCAGUCCCAAACACAGGCAUAUGCCAGCACCAAAGAGCUCAAGGAACGCGACAUGAUCAUGGGAAAGAUAAUUGCUCUGUCGCGAGACGUUGGAAUUGAAAAUGCCGACCUUCUAUCCAUCAUAUCCAGCUCUCCUGAAGCUCAGCCUCAGCCCCUCGACUUCGAAGAGCCUCCAACCUCCCCAAACGAGAUAUCAUUGGAACGUCACGGCUCGUUGUUACUUCUUGCAGCUCGAGUUGCUGGUGCAACUUUAUUCACAUCUGGCCAAUCUGGACCGAGGAUACCCAUCUUCCCCGACCUAGCUGUGAUCUAUCAGAACUUCCUGGGAAAUACCGACAGCUUGGAUGAAGUUGCUUACGGACAACCGCAAGCCCUCAUCGAUUCGCUCUUAGCUUUGACCGUCUUUUCCCUGCAAGAACCAAUCACUACACCAUCCAGCGACAUAGAGUUCAAAGAUUUUGUCAUCACCCUGACGGCCUGUACCUCCAACAAGGAGUAUGGUAUUGUGCGCCAAAUUCCGGCGAUCAUUGUACACAGCUAUCCAUCUGAAACCGCGCGAUUCAAGCUCAUCCGAACUAUCUUGGAGGAUGAUCGUCUUCAGCCUGCUCGGGAUAGCGCUGUUUCGUGGUUCAAGGACGAGAUCAUCGGUGCUACCUCAUCUGACAACAUAUUCCACGACCCUCUCCACUUCUGGUCCCUUUUCCCACUACUCUUCCGGACAGUCAAGACUGCUACAUCCUCUAAGAUCGUCGAUAGCUGGAUCAACCUGACACAGACUGAAGGUCCAGCUCUCCACUCCGCGCUGAGUCUGUACUUUUAUCUUCUAUCCUCAUCUCUCCGGGAUCAAUUUGAUCUAGCAAAGACCGUUGUUAGCUUCCGAAAUGAGGUUCUUGCGCCUCUCCGAACCCUCUUCCGUACCUAUGAGGCGGAUCUUACUGCCAACGGGGGCGAUGGAAUCGUCGAGUCGGCCGUUGGCGAAGAGAUGGCUCAGGUUGGGCUUGCUCGGACUGUGGGAUUGAUUGGUCUCACACUUGAUCAAAUUGAAGAUGCGACUAGUGAGGCUUAUGGGACGGAUGAUUCGGAUUUGACUAGCUACUCUGAAGCGGAGGAGGCUAAGGCCGCGGAGAUUCGUAAGGAGACUCUGGUUUGGAACUAG